UCUCCCUUCAUGGCGAUGUUGCUUUCCCUACUGGCGUACGCGUCUGUUCCACUAAUCGCCCUCCAAUACAUUCCUUCCGGCCGGAAUUUGACUCGCAGGGUCGCGUAUGUGGUUUCUAUGAGCCUUUGUGGGUUAAUGGGCCUGCCCUACCUUGUGGUCAUGUUACCCGUGGGGCAACGGUACAGCGUCCAUUGGGCUGUCGCGCGGACUUUCUACUAUGUUGCUGGCGCAAUCUUCGGUCUACGUGUCGAAAUAGAAGGGGAGGAAUACUUGCGGGACACAAACGAUGGCGGGGCGUUACCGGCAAUUCUAAUGGCAAACCACCAGAGCAUGCUCGAUAUACUCCCUGUUGGAGGAACGAUGCCGAAGCGAGCCUCCAUCAUGUCGAAAAAAUCCUUGCAGUAUACGCCGUUGGGUCCCUUCAUGUUGCUCUCCGGGGCCGUAUUCGUCGAUCGGGGCAACUCCGCAAGCGCGUUGCGCUCCCUGGACUUGGCCGUGCAAAAAAUGCGGGAGAACCGACUUUCCCUUUGGCUAUUUCCCGAAGGGACCCGACAUAGCACUGAAGCGCCGACCCUGCUUCCGUUCAAGAAAGGCGGCUUCCAUCUUGCCAUCCAGUCCGGCUUGCCCAUUAUUCCGGUCGUGUUUGAGAACUACUGGCAUCUUUACCACAAGGGCGUGUUCGACAGCGGUGUUAUUCGUGUUAAAGUUCUCCCACCCAUAAAAACAACUGGGCUCACUGUUGCCGACAUUCCCGAUCUCUGCACUCGUGUUAGAGAGCAGAUGCUCACCACACUUAUCGACAUCUCUCGGAAAGUUCCAUCUCCUUCGCAAGAGGCCAAGGACUCAACCUCAUCGACGUUAAUCACUGGGCAACCCGACGAUGCAGCUGUUGACGCAGCUAACGCCCCGAAAGACGCGACACCGACUGUGCCUGUUGUUCCCAGUCACGAGUCUUUGGCAAGUCUCGUUAGCGGUAGCAAUACCACUGCGUCAACUGGCGGUGGUGAGACGGAGGAUGAAGAUAUGGUUGUGGUCAAGCGACCCAACUAG